GUGUGUGGUUACUGUUGAUCGGAAGUUCGAUAUGGCGACUAGUUGAGUUUGUUCUAGCCUGAUAGGGCCUUCGGGGCUUUAACCGCUAAGCGUUUUAAAGUACGAUGGCGAAGUGGGAUUCUAAAAACUUAGAAAUUCGUAGCAAAUCUGUGGAGCAAACUCUGGUGCCCCUUGUGACUCAGGUAAUAAUUUUUCUCGGCGUUAUUUCAUCCAUGACGGCAGCAGCGGUGUUUCAGCGGGGACUCAAGCUUUUUGUAAACGACAGAAAUUCUACAUGUAUUUGAUCUGUGCGGUUGUUUAUUCUGAUCUCAACGUAAAGUAACUCCUCUGACUUUCAUGUUCCACUUGUCACCUAUAGUGUUGUGUUUAUGUUCUAAAAUUCGCAGAUAACUACGCUUGUUAACCACAAAGACCAUGGUCGGCGAUCGGAGAGAGCUUUGAAGGCGAUUCAUGAGAUUGGACGAGUUGUAGCAAUUGCUGUCGAUCGCUUUGUUAGUGUUGGCGAACAGAUUGCAUCAGAAAAUGAAGAUGUUGCUGAAGAAAUGCGUACAGCAUGUGAAGAAGCCAAGAAAUCUGGACAAACAAUCUUUAAUCUGACAAGUUUUACGUGCGAUUCUAUUAACGGAGAUGGCGUACCGAAUGGAACAGAUAAAACUAGUAUGGUUCGUGCAGCACGAUCAUUAUUAUCUGCUGUAACAAGAGUAUUAAUAAUUGCAGAUUCUGUUGUUGUGAAGAGACUGCUGGCAGCAGUUAAAAAGGUACGGGUUGCGAAAUAUUUGUUUUCGGGAAGUCAGCUUUGUGAUAGUUUUGUCUAGCUGUCUCGGCUUCAGUUUGAAGCGAUUAAUUGGAGAUCUUUGUUCAAACUUUGUUUAUUCUGUUCCUUAGUUCUUCUUUCAGAAGUGUGUAAACAAAAAGAAUUUAAGAAAUAACAGUUGAUUUCUCCAAUUAGAGAAGAAUUCGGAAGGUUUUUGCGUGACAUUAUUUUGAAUAAAUGUCUUACCGCAAAUUCAUGAUGAAAAGGAAUGCUCUCCGCCAAUUUCUGCUAAACGCUUUUCUGUCAUUCGACUACGUAUUUGGUCUGUUUGAGAAUCUUUCAGCGGCAAGGUCACUUGAACAUUUUCGAACAGAAUUAACCUCAUUUUCUCAUGGUGGAAAAGUUUAUUUACAGUUUCUUUUUUUUAAAUUUUGCCUUCCGUCUGGGAAUUAAUAUUGCAUGUUGAAAACCUGCUGAAAGUCAAAAAGCCGAAAUUAUUCGAUAUGUUUGAGAAUGAAUGAUCGGAACGCAAAGCGGUUGUUCAAGUAUUCGUUGAUUGAUUACAAAGUUAUUGAUUACUCACCCAUUCUCGCGAUUACACCUAUUAACAUUUCCCACAUAAUUUCCUCGUGCCUCAAUUGAAACUCGACACCACAAAAAAAUUUGUCAUUGUUCUUAACUAGCCAUCCAAUUUCUGAUAACUGAGUUGGAAAAAAUGUGAGAUUCAAACACUCUUCAAACCCCCUAAAGAAGUGUAUAGCUUUCCCACAAAUACCCCAAUCAAUUGUCUGUAAACAAAAUACAACUAACCCUUGAAAACUGCAAAGUUUGUUGACUUUAUUUUAGUUCAUCCGCUUUGUAAGAUCAAUUUGUGAAACAGGUAUUUUCUUCACGUUUGUUGAUAUCGUUUAGCAAGAUUGUUAAAAAAACGAACUAAGGUGUUUUUUGGCUUCAUCCAUGGUUGGAAAGUUGUAUAUAUUAUCAUACACUUCAUUUUGUCAAGUGACCUUAUCAAUGGCUUCAUUGACUUGAUGUUAAUUACCCAGUUAGGCAGGUCAAAGAAAAUUGCAUUUUUUUUUUUUUUUUAAUGAAUGAUCACCAUGUUGUUCCGCCAAUUAUUUUUUGACCAACUUGGUGGUUUUGUUAGACAUCCUGUUUAAACCUGAAUGGUUUAUUUAAUUGUAUAGGCACCCUACAUUAGUGAAUACUGAAAUGAACCCUUUCUUAAGAUGCGUAGCGUGGGAAAGUGUCAGAUUUGUUUAUGUAUAAUUAGGUUAAAACACCAGAGUUCUUAUGAAAGAUUAUUAAUACUCAGUCCAUUCAAGAUUUUGUACCCUUCUCUGCAGUAAAUAUUUCUUUUAAAUUGGAUAGCUUCAAAAUGAUUGAUCAAAUCUUAGAGUUUCCUCUCUUUGGUUCUUUCGCUAGGUUAGAAAGUUGAAAUUUUAAUUUAGACUUACAUAUACAUUCAUAUACAUUCAUACUGUGGUGAAAAAUAAUCUUAUGUGUUAAACAUGAUUCGUGAGUUCACAGCACACUAACAAUGAUGAGUUAUCAGAGUUAUUUUUUAAUAUGAUAUGUUAAAAUUUUGUAUGCAGUUUGAUCAGUUCUUACUUAUGAUCUGUUAGAAGACAGAUGCAUAGAUGAGAUCACCAUUCACAAUAUUUUGCUUUUUUAUCUUAUAAAAUAUAGUCCAGGUUUUUGUAGGUCUGUACUACAUUAUUGGAUCAUGAAAGACAUCAGAAUGUUGUUAGAGUAUCUGUGACACACAUGCUUAUGCCUUGUGUACCACUUUUUUGUUCUUACCACAUUUUGACCUCAUUGGGAUCUGUUACUGAACAGAUGCACAACAACAUGGUAUCUGUUUGUCAACUAGACAAGAGAAUUAUUGUGUAACAGGGUAAUAGUAAACUUGAAAAUAAAGGGGAGGUUGACCUUCCAUUUUCAGGUUGAUGACAGGCUUAAACAGCUGGAAACUGUGAACACUUUUACAGAUUUUGUGCAGGCAUUUAGUCAGUUUGGAUCUGAUAUGGUUGAACUUGCUCACUUGUCAGGUGAUAGACAAAAUGUAAGUUGAAAAUAAUCUGCGUUUAUAUAUACAUUAUGACUCAGUGAGGGCUCGAAUCAAAUCUACAGUCUCCCUUGCUUGUAAUGAGGCAUUAAGCCUCUCUUUGAGUGAAGCUCUCCUAAGGAGUCACUUCCUGUUGUAAUCACUUCAGUCUGUGAGUGCUUCCUGUCUGCGAUCACUUCCUGUAAGUGAGCACUUCCUGCCAAUGAUUACCUUUUCUCAAUGACCUUAAGUUUGCACAGAAGUUACUGACCCUUGAAGUCAUUUUGGGCUAGUGUUUUUAAUGGAAAUUUUCUUUCGUGUGCAAUCCUCUGAAAAAGAAAUUCAUGGCAUCUUUUAUGGCAAGUAAAACAAAAAAUUCCUAUCUAUGUUAAUGUAGCCAUUUGUGUUUGGUAUUUUACUAUAUUAAGUUUUAUUUUUUUUGUAAUUGAACACCCAGGAUUUAAAAGAUGAUACUUUGAAAGCUGAAAUGGGAGCUGCCCGGUCUAUUUUGGAGAAAUCCACAAUGAUGCUGUUGACAACAUCUAAGGUAAACCCUUAAACACCUCCCACAAUGGCUCUGUCAAGUAGUGUUAUAUUAGUAUAAUAGUAACCAUUAGUAAAAGCUUAAUUGGAUUAUAUGAUCAUAGUUUUGUUUUUUAUCAUGAUUAGACGUGUCUGAGGCAUCCAGACUCCAGAUCUGCCAAAGGCAACAGAGAAGGUGUUUUCAAGAAGAUGAGAGAAGCCAUGGCAACAAUCACGUCAGUGGUCCAAGACGAACCUAAGGAGGAAGAAGGAGAAAAGGGAUGUUUGGCAAUGGAUUUAGGACAUUUUGAAGUGAGUUUCAGGGUACAGAGUACUCUUCAAUAAACGUGAUUCUAGCAAAAUGGAGAAUGCUUGCCGUGUAUAAAUCCAGUACAUCACCAAACUUGAGUUCUCUGUAGGUUAGUUACCAUUGCUGAGGAAAGUCCCUCAAAAUCAAAACUGAGAGGGGCUUCGAUCUGAUAUUCUUUUUUGAUUUAAGCAUGAUGGGUAAAAUAAAUUUUAUAAACUGGCAGACCAAUCCUUUCACCAAUUAAAUUUUCAAGAAUCUCAAGUGAUUUUAGUCGGCAAUAAGAGGUACUUUGGGCAGUUACUGCCUGAAAAGGAGAACACUGCAGAUUCUAGCACAGAAUUUUGAUUUUCUGUUUUUUCUUCUUGGACAGGCUUGCCUAGAGGCAUACAAACAAAGCUCACCAGAUGACAGUGAAUCCAAGAUACAAUUUCAAAGGGCAUUUGCAAAUAUCCUUGACGAUGUGCAGUCCGUUAUUGACUCUCCUCAUACAAGGAAAGAGAAGAGAGAGAAAAUUGUGGCCUUGUGUGAAAAUGCGCAGGAUAUCAUGAAAGACAUCUUAGAGAGACAAAAGAACAACAAGGUAUCCUUGUACUUAUAUCCACAGUUUAAUCUUUAUUUUCUUAAAUCCCAGGAUCUGUUUUGAAAUUCUCCUUUUUUUCCUUGUAAGUUAAAAUGGAGAAAUUUAUGUUUUGUUGUUGUAUUACUCGCUGGCCAUAAUAUUUGUUUGGCUUAACCCUUUAACUCCCUGAUCAAAUUUGUAAUUCUCCUUACUUUCAACCAUGUAAUUCUUAUAAUGUUAGUUCAAAGAAUUUAGUAUUGGACCAAUUAAUUAUCACCAAUUGAUAUUUUUCUUUAUUUUCAUCACUUAUUUAGUUGAUAUUGUAUUGAUAUUGUAUGAAGAAAUUCUCUCUUGGUCACUCAUGGGAGUUAAAGGGUUAUUAAUGUAAUCACUCACUCACUCACUCAUGUCCAUUAUGCGGUGUGGCACAUAGAGCGAUUUUUUGCCGUUUCCGUAACAUGGGUGCUUUACAGGACAGGGUUGUUAGCCCUGUGCCCAACCCCCUAACCUGGAGGACCGGUGGAUCAUGCUUCAUCAGACCUCUACCCUUCAACCUGUCCAGCUUGGGUGGCCCUACUAGGAGACAAAGCUCCCGUCAGCAUAGCUCUAGGGGUCUCCGAGGCACUCAAGCCCACCAACCACAACAAGGUGGUGAUCUUUGGGGGUAUUAAUGUAAUGACCUUGUGAAAAGACUUGCAUUUGAAUCAUGUCUGGAAGUACUUGUGCAGCUUGAACUAUGGUUGGUCUUAAUUUAGCAUGAAAUAUUAAAGAGUUCAAUUUGUAUUUCUCCAGAAUGAAGAUGCAACUGGUAUCGACACAUUAGAUAUGGCAUUGCAAAGGAUUUGCAAAACUUCAAAAGAUCUUAGACAUGAGGUAUGAUUUCUGCAAAGAUUGUAAAUGAAUAUCUUGUCAAAAUGAUUUUCAAUGAAUUGAAUUGUUUUCUCCUUCUUAACCCUGAGAGAAACCAACAUCAAAUUUCUCCUUACAGUAACAUGGCUGAAUCAUUCAUUAAGGUCGUGAGAAUAAAAUAAAUGAUCACUAACUACAGAAGCUUUGAUUGUUCAACAAAUUCUCCCUGCCAGGACUGAAGGAAAUGUAUAGAGAAGAGUAUAGAGAAUAUGGACACUGAUGUUAGGGUGUAAGGGGUUAAUACUGUUACAUACUGUACUCCUUAAAUGAAGAAAAAAAACAUAUCAAACUAAUUUGAAAUCAUUUCUCCAUCACUGUUUCAAAUGCUCAAACUCAAAUUGAGCUUCUUUCCUCCAUGUUUUCAGGAAUUAAGAAUUGAUUUUUAAGUGGUUUAUCAACCAAGAUUUGAGCAUUACUGUUUAUACACAUACUGCAAUGUUCAUAUGCUUACAAGGGAAAAGCUUGUAACUAUUGACAACUCUGAUGACUUGGAUGAGGAGUUCUCUGAAAGGGAUUUUUCUCAAUUGGUAGUGGUUGGAGAGAGCAGUGCAUUUUAACUGUAGACAUCCCUUUUUUCCCAACAGGUCCAUCAAGUUGCUACAGAUCAAGUGUUUGAAACAUUUUCACAUUUGGGUCAUAAAAAGUCUUUACCUGCCUUGAGGAAUGCAGCUGCAUCUGGCAGUUCAGCUCAGCUGGAGAGUCUAGCCAAUGUUUUCACACAAGAUGCAAAACGACUGCAAGAGGUGAGAAAGAAAGGCUGUUCUCCCUAAACUCAUUCAUAAAAUGUAGAGUAUUAAAUUGGCAGUGGAGAUUAGAGAAAUUUCCACUGCAAAUGCAGACUUGUCUGUCUAAGUUUCUAUUGAGGGCCAAACUGCUAAGACUCUUAAAUCUGUGGACAGGACUUGGAGUGCAUUCUUCAACACAUGCACUCAAAAAAUUUGGAAGGUAUCUGAUGGGUCUUUUCGCCCAAAAACUAUUUUUUCUCAAGUAAUAAACUCUUCUGUCUACUGUAGGUUCAAUUGCCUGACAAAAUUUUUCUGGUACUUAAUACCAUUUUCCUUUUCCACAUUUCUUAUUAAAACCUUAAACACAUGCCCUGACCCCCAACAUGGUCAGGCAAUUUGAGGUCUUUGUGGGGUCCCCUUUCCCUCUUUGGCUAAGAAAGUGACAAGUCAGCUUCCUUUUGUUCCCAAGUGCAUGUUGGGAUUGCAAUGCACUAAAAGCUUACUGUUGAUUUUUUAAAAUCUGUUUUAGGUAUCCAGGGUUACAAGAAAUAUGGCGUCCAAUAAACCCAUGGCUAUCACAGCAAAAAAAGUAGAAGAAAAUAUUGAUACGCUUUGUCCCCAGGUAUGAAUUUUGUCUAGCAUUGACUUAAUGAUUGGAAGAUAUGUUAGUGUAAUAGUCACUGCAUUGGACACCAGAUUUAAGGGUGCAUGCCCUUGCAUCAGGUUGUGAGGCAAGGUACUAGACUCUAACAGCUUCUCUUGCUACUCAGGAGUUUGAAUGGGCACAAUUUAAUUGUUAAAGAAGCUUGAGAAAGUACUGGAAGGUCAACAGUGAUGUACUAACAUCUCUUCUAGUUAAAGUAACAAGGCCUUAGUUUGCUCCAUGUCAUGAAAACAUUCUUUGAGUUUCAUGUGGUCUUUCACAUUGACUACAUUUUACAAACUCAAACCUUACUCCAGUUAUGAUGAUAACAAACUAUGAACACAAGUUAGUAAUGUGCUAGUCUAAGCACCUUUCUUCUUUUCAAUUUUGGAGCACAUUCUUCCCCUGUUAGGUUAUACAUGCUGCAAGAACAUUAGCAGCUCAUCCUGUCAGCAAGAUUGCUCAGGAGAACAUGGAAGUCUUUGUGGAUGUUUGGGAAGCACAAGUUGAAGAACUUGGCAAAGUGCUGAGACUCAUUACUGCUGGUGGAGACCCAAGUAAAAGUAAGUGAAUUGCAGAAAAACACAGAUGGUGUUGAUGAAAGGAUACUUUUAGAGCUUCAUCCUUAUGUGACAACCAAAUUAACUUAGAGAGGGCCUGGAGGAUGUGAAGGGGGGGGGGUAGUGUGUGAAAGAAUAUAGGAUGGGAAGGGUGGGGAGAUUAGAGAAGAAAAAAAAGGCAUGAAGCAAAAACUUAAAGAUAGAAACCUUUUGUAGUCAAUGAUUAGCAAUGUUGCAAUGUUUUCCAGCAGAGUAAGGUUGGAGGGGGGGCAACAGGGUUAGGAGCAUGAAGGAGUAGGGGAUGGAAGGGGUGAGGAGAUGAGAGAAGAAAUUGCAUGAAGUGGAAACUUUGUUAAAGAAACCCUUUUUAGUCAGUAAUUAGUAAUGUUUCCCAGUGAAUGGGGGAAGGGGAGUCAAAUGUGCAGCAAUAGGGAAUGUGGAAUUGGGGGAGAUCCCCCCCCCUCCGAAAGUUAUAUAAAGAGAAUGGAAGGUAACUAUCAUAGUGAGAAUUAUUUGUGAGGUUAGUUAUGAAUAAAUUUCUUGAAUCAUUAACAGUUACUGCUAACUAUUACAAUCUACUGCUAACCAUUAAAAUCAAUUUUAAUUUAGAGCCAUUUUGCUUACAUGAAAGCCUGAAACACUUGAGUAAACUCCACUCAAUUCGCCAUAAUUAUGAUUGAAUUUUAUAAUGGCAUAUAGUUUCUGAAAUUUAUUGUUUAACUUACACUUUUUUUCUGUUAUCAACUCUAAACAGGGUUGUCUUUUAGGAUGGAAACAUCUGUAUAAAUGUCAUCAUUUUUAAAUUACACCCAAGAUAAAAUGACAGUUAAAAAACCUAAUUUUUUAAAUUUAUAUGCAAGAAAUUUGCAGUUUGUAUGAGAUCUUAAAUGUUGUUUAAUGUAGUAAAAUUUUCAAAAUUUUUGAGUAUUUUGUAGUAUGAAAUAUUUUGCCACUUUUAUCACCGUAAAUAGAUUUUAUCCUUAAAGAAUUGCUGCACAAAAUUGUUUGAAUGAUUUUUAAAUCUCAGAUAAUUGUGUGAGCCUAUAAAUGUUGUGAAUCAAUUUGAACCAUUUCUUAUAAAUAUACUUGACUACACAAUUAGGUAAACUAUGUUUUGACAACAUUUGUACGUCUCUAAUUCCAUGUCAAAAUUUGUAUUCAGUCAAUUAAAUUAAUUUUUUUUUUCUCUUUUUAAGAAGCCGUAACCUGGGAAAUAUCAGUAGUAGCUUUUGAUAAGAAAAUAGGAGUCAUGAAUAAUUUGAGAAAUUGUUCUUCCUUCUAAUUUACUUUUGCAAAAUUCACAGCUCAUGAUUUACAAUUUCUUUUCACAAUGGCUAAACAUCCUAAAUGGUUUAUGAUGUCAAUAAACUGACAGAGAGGAUAGUUAACCCUUUAACUCUUGUGAGUGACCAAGACAGAAUUUCUCCUUACUAUAUCAAUACAAUAUCAUGCAGACAAGUGAUGAGAAUAAAGUAAAAUAUUAAUUAUGGGAUUACUAAUUGAUCCAAUGCCAAAUUCUCCAAACUAACAUAAUGAGAAUCAUUUGGCAGACAGUGAGGAGAAUUACUAAUGAGAUCUUGGGAGUUAAAGGGUUAAUUGCUGAAAUUAAAUAGUUAGGAGUUUACAGGCACCACUAGUCAUAGGUUUAUAACCACUCAGAACAUUCUUUGGAUAAGAGGUAAUUUGAGAUUUCUGGACACAAGCUAAGUUCGCUCAUACUGGUUAUUUUCCCUUGACAGAAAGAAAGAAUUAACUACUUGGUUAAAAAUAUGUUUCUCUAAAUGUUUUUACUCUUAAUGAAGCUUUUUCUCACAUUUUUCGAAGUAGGUUCCCAGUUAAAAAAUUUAUGCAAAUAACCAUUAGCAGUAAUUUGUUAUUACAGGGAUUAAAACUUAAAUCAUUGUUAAAUUACAUCUUCUUUUACACAUUUGGUAUGUGCUCUUUGAGACUUUUGCAAUCAAACUAAAUGUCUUUGAUUUUGAUUAAAGAAAGCUGAAACUCUCUGAAGUUGCGAUAAAUGUUUUAUUUGAAAUGUCUCAAAAUUUGCUUCAUCUUGUAUGUAACCACUCAAAACCUCACCCUCACUGAUCCACUGACACAUUUUGCUGGCUCUGAAAAUUACAAAUGGCAAAAUAACAAUCGCCUCUUGUAGUUUUUAUAGAUUGUGUGCCCCUCACUUGAGGGUUGCAAGGUCUGAAAGGCCUCACAAGGUAAUUUUUGCCUGUAAAUGUAUUUUUGCUUUUUUUUUAAGAAAAAGAGCAGUAAGACAAUUGUUAAAUAUCUAUGCACCAAAAAGCUUGAAUGCCAUCUUCAAACAGAUACUGUGGAUCAGAUGUCAGCAACUAUUGUUUCAAAGAAAUGUUGCCAAGAAACUUUCGGCCUGAAAACAAUUUUUUUGUUUGACUUUGAUGAAGACUUCCACUAUUGUCAACAAGAGUUUCCAAAGAGUCCUUUUUCAGGAUUUUUCUCAUUCAGACGACCUCACAUUCUUGUCAGUGUUCACUAUACACUGAAUCGUGUUUUCUUCAUUGUGAAACAUGUUGAUUCAGUUAAAAAUCAUUGCGGGAAGUAGACUUUUAAGAACAGCACAGAGAAGCAGCCGAGGGAUUCAUCAGCAUCACCGUAAGUCCUUCUGUAAGCGCCCUCCUCUAGGCAGGCUAUUAAAAAUUGCUGGGCAUCAUUAUCUUUUGGAGGAGUAAACACUCCAAUAAAUACCUUUUGCUAACCAAGUUUGAGGUCUGUACUGUAAGCUUGUGGACCUAGUUUUUCCCACUUGGAUUUAUGGCUCAAGCACAAAGUGCAUGGGGCAUAGAUCUCAGCACAAUGAAACAACGUUUGUAACUUACAGUACUGGCAGAGAAAAGAAGGUUUGUAAGAUAUUUUAUUAUUGGAUUCAAAUAGAGAGGGAAGAUUUUGACUACAAAAAAUCCUUACUUUUCUCUUACAAAUGAAAAUCAUGAAAUCAUUUGCAACACAAAUUAUUUUGGCCUCUUGGUCAUUCUGUGGCUAAGAAUUUGCGCCAUAGGGGAAGGGCGCUUACUAGAGGUGGGUGCUUGCACAAGGAGUUACGGUGAGUUCUUAAACCUUUACACCCUAACAUCAGUAUUCAUAUUCUCCACACUGUUCUCUGUACAUUUAUUAAUGUGCUGACAAGGAGAAUUUGUCCAACAAUCAAGACUUUCUUUAGGUGGUGAUCAUUUCCUUUAUUCUCAUGACAUUGAUGUAUGAUUCAGUGCUGAUAUUAUAGGGAGAAAUUAGAUGUUAGUCGCUCCUAAGGGUUAAAGGGUUAAACUUCCUGGCUGUAAAUUUGUUUUAGUGCUGGAAAUGUUUUUAUUGGUGAUUUUCUUAAUUGCACUUGUUACAGCACAACACAUCUUUUGUCUUAUGUAUUAACUGGAUCUGUUUUAACAUGCAACAUAACCUCUAACUAAUGCUCCUGUUUAAACUUGUUAGGAAAUCUGUGCAGUGAUUCUUAACAACUUUUGAGCUGAAAUAAAUUGUAAAUAACGUAAUGUAAAAUAACAAAAGCUCUGUGUUUAGCUAACAUCUAUUUAACAAAUAACAUCCUAAUCUGUAACAAUGGUUAUCUUUAACCCUUUAACUCCCAAGAUCUCAUGAGUAAUUCUCCUUUCUGUCUGCUAAAUGAUUCUCGUUAUUCAACCCUUUGACUCUCAUGAGAAUUUGGUAUCAGAUCAAUUAGUAAUCCCAUAACUGAUAUUUCUCUUUAUUCUCAUCACUUGUCUGCAUGAUAUUGUAUAGAUAUACUAAGGAGAAAUUCUGUCUUGGUCACUCAUGGGAGUUAAAGGGUAAACUUUGCACUCUCUUUUCCUUUAAGCUUCUAUAUCAAUGUAAGUAUCUGAGCAACUGUACACCCACCCCUCCCCUAACCCAACAUUCACCUUAACUUGUUAUCAAUUGACUGUUGUUGGGUCAGGGGAGGGGUGGGUGCCCAGUUCCAUAGGUAAUGACACUGAUGCAAGCUUCCAAUACUUGGGGAUGCAGUAAACCAAAUGUGUUUUUUUUUUUAAUGAGUUGUAUGUUGGUUAAUCAGGGGCAGAUUCUAUUAUCUCUCCCUGGAACCAAAUAUCAAUUCCCCACACUGUCUGCCCUACAUUUCAUCUAAUUUUAGCCCUGAGAAUUUGCUGUUAAAUCAACCAAAAUACCUAGUUUAUGAAUCUAUUUCUUCUCAUCACCUUUAAGCAUUAACUCUUUAACUCCCAUGGGUGACCAAGACAGAAUUUCUCCAUACAUUAUCAAUACAAUAUCAAGCAGACAAGUGACGAGAAUGAUGUUUAUAAUGAUUAGUUGAUCCAACACCAAAUUCUUAGUACUAACAUCAUAAGAAUUAUGUGGCAGAUAGAAAGGAGGAUUACUACUGAGAUCUUGGGAACAAAAAGGUUAAAGUGGUUUGAUACGUCAUACCUUUCACUACCAAAAUAUCAGUAGUGAUUCUUCUUACUGUCUGCCAUAAAUUUGUCAUACUGUCUCGCUGACUACCAAGAAACUUUCUUGAAUAGGAAACAAAUCCCCUGGUCUCUUACACUACUCAUCCCUUUAACUCCCAUGAGUGACCAAGACAGAAUUUCUCCUUACAAUAUCUAUACAAUAUUAAGCGGACAAGUGAUGAGAAUAAAGAAAAAUAUUAAUUAUGGGAUUACUAAUUGAUCUGAUACCAAAUUCUCCAAACUAACAUAAUAAGAAUCAUUUGGCAGACGGUAAGGAGAAUUACUAAUGAGAUCUUGAAGAUUAAAGGAUUAAAUCAACAGUGUGCACACUGGGUACAUGUGUAUGAGGCAGGGUUGUACAACUGAGUUUGAGGACUCAAAUAUGCUGGCUGUGUCAAAGAGCGCUUCUUGAUUGAGUGGCAUAAAACCAAACCCAAAGUAAUCACUGACCAACCAGAAGACAAGAAAGUAACUUUGCAGAGCAAUUGAGAAUUCAUAGUAAAACUGAGCAAACUGCCUAAAGUGCAGGAAAAGGUGUGCAGUAGAGUCAUGAUUGGUUACAGCUUUGCAUUUGAUUGGUUGAGAGAGUGGCAUUAGUGUUUUGGACCAAUCACAAAGUGGAGUUAAACAAAAGAAAACAAUCUCUGCCUACUUUUGACACUCAAUCAAAAAUUGCUUUUAAUUAAAAACAGUCACUAUUUGGGUGGGCAUCAGAUAGCAUUGACCCUAUACUGAUAAAACACGUCGUAGCCAUGGCAUAAAUGGAUUAUUAAGUUUUUAUUCUUAGAGAUAUAAUUUCAAAAAAUGAAUAAUACAUGAUUAUGUUAUUAAUCAAGUCGUUUAAUUUUUUCAGGAAGUCCUGGCAGCCGCCAUAAAAGAAGUUCCUACAAUGCUGUUUAUGCAACUCUUUAACGGCUGCUGAAAAGGACAACUGUCUGCUGACUGUUGUUUGAUAUAUCUUGUAGGCAUUGCUACUGUUAUAAUUCUGUGUUCCCUGAAAAUUACUUUUACUAAAUACAAAAGAGGAAAAUAACUAUUUUUAAUGAAUAUGGUUAAUUUAUAUCAAUAUGAAUAUUUCAUGGUUUAAAACAAUUUUUUUUUUGAUAAAAAAAUGAAAAUAUAUUCAUAGACAAGUUUCUUUUUUUUAAUUUUUUUUAAUGCCACAUUUUCCUGGUGCAAGGUGCAAAAAAGGACAUUUUAAUUUCAUAAAAAAUUAAGCUUAGCAAUAGUAGUGUUUUAUUUGCCUGUUGUUAAUUCCAUGGCUACCUCCACCCACCCUUGACAUGUGAGAGAUGAAAGCCUAGUUUCUCAUUACAAUUUUCAUGUUUUACUAAGAAAGAAAGUAAGGAGAAGAAAAAGAGUAUCAUAAUCCUGUGUGUCAGUUUUGUGGGAGAUAGCUCUGCCUCAUCCACUGACUGACUGUGGUUGCUAAAUUUUAAAUUUUGCUCAUUUUCAUCAUUUAUUGGGAAGAAAAACUUCAAGUAUGGUAUCCAACAAUUCCAAAUUUCAUCUUUUUCUAUUCCAUGUAUCCCUAAUAUUUGAUGUCUUUCUUUUAUUUGGUAUGGUUUGAUACCCAACUUGCAAAAUGUUUUUAAUUUUUCUUUCUAAUCUAGAGGAAUGGUAGUUUCAAAAACAGAUUUCUUCUAGAGUAUACAUGCUAAUUAAUUUUUCAAUUGGUAGGCAUGCAGUGUAUGAUAAUUUUCUUUAAAAUUCUCACAUUUGUGACAGUUCUAUACUUAUAUCUGAAAUUUGUUUAUGAAAUCCUUUAAAAAAGAUUCAUUUGCCAAUCAGAUAUCAUUGUAAUUCUGUCUUAUUAUUUGUUGAAGCUUCAAUUUUAGAGAGUUCUAACAUUUUUCAAAUUUUGGGUAGGGAUAAAAAAUAAUCAUCUUCCUAUAUAUACUUUUGGUAGAUCUAUUGUAACUUUUAGUAAAAAUGAACUUUUUAGGAAGCUUUACAAGAAAUGAAAAUAAAUUUAAUUGUUUUGAAUGUUUGAUGUUUGAUUUGUAUAAUGUCCUUUUAUUGCAUCAGGCACUUUUGUUAGUUGUGUCUGGUCUUUUCAUGAUGGGCAACAUUGGGAGAGAUGGGAAGAGAGAAGAGGGGUGGGGUGGGGUGGGGUCAGUUGUCACCCCUUUCCAUACUGCCUUUGUGGUUUCCACUUCAUUGCUUGCCUCUUCCAUUGGCCCCUUCACCCUUGCAUAUCUCAAGGACCAGUGAAGGACUGGUUUACUGUAGGUACCAUGUUAAUGUUUGCAACUAGUAGAUUUGAUUUGAGAAUUAAUUUCACAGUUCAUGUAUGAUUUUAAGACAUAAAAACUGGAGAACAUUAGAUUACAAUGCAAUAUUUGCAUCACUAUCAAGUCUGAAUAUGACAGUGAUCUUCACAGUAAUGAACACUACUUAUUGAGUAGUAGUGACAUACUGAGCUGAAAAACAUUCAGGCCUGUAUAGGAGUUGAACCCAUGACCUCUAAGAUACUGGUGCAACAGUGUUGAGUAUGUUAUCUUCCUAUUAUGAAGAAACUUAUAUUGAAGUAUAUUGUCUUACAAAACAUAAUGGAAACCUGAUUAGAUUUGUCAAUGGGAGAUUCUUUCUUUAACCGCUAAAAACAUCUAGCAUCUAAUUUCUCCUCCGACCCUACCUCACCCUUGAAUCAAACAUUAAGGCGUGGAGAAUGAAGGAAGUAAUCCCCAGUUAAAGAGGCUUUUUAUCAUUAAACAAAUUCUCCCUGUCAGCUUUGUAGGAAAUGUAAGGAGAAGAGUAAGAAGAAAAUGCACACUGAUGUUAGGGUGUUAAGUGAUAACUGAGAAACUUGUGUCAUGUUGGAGGAUGUCUUGUAACACUUGGGUUUCUUCAUGUUAUUCUAUGUUAAGGGCAGUGUUGCUUUUACUUUAGAUGUUUUGGCAGAAGAAGAAAGUCAGGGGCUAAGGAAAACAAGUGAAUCUCGUGUAGAGCAACUGCUGGUAAGAUGGACUUUGAUUUGAUUUCACAAACACUUUUAGUGUUCUACAGUUAUUCAGCAUUUGAAGGGAGGUCUGUUUACCCAUACUUUGAAGUGGAGAGUUGUAUCAUGAAAGUAACCAUGAAAGUAAACAAUUGUUUGAAAACAAUGGUUAUAAGCAGCCCUAAUUAGUUUCUGGUUUUUAAGCUUUGUUUAUGUUAGUUGGUGGUUAGGCCCCUUGCUCCUCCUUAACCCUCUCACUCCCAAGAUCUCAUCAGUAAUUCUCCUUACUGUCUGCCAUACAGUUCUUGUGAUGUUAGUUUGGAGAAUUUGGUAUUGGAUCAACUUAUAAUCCCUUAAUAGAUAUUUGUCUUUAUUCUCAUCACUUGUCUGCUUGAUAUUGUAUUGAAAUUGUAAGGAGAAAUUCUGUCUUGGUCACUCAUGGGAGUUAAAAGGUUAAUCUCCAAGAUCUCAUUAGUAAUUCUCCUUACAGUGUCACUAAGAGUCAGACAUGUAAAUCAAGUGAGUCCAGAUAUGCUAUGAUAAUGAAAACUAAAACUAAAUUAUUGUAGCAUACCUGGCCUCACUUGAUUUACACCUCUGACGUAGUAUCGCUGUUUGGAUGUUUCCUCAAGUUAUCAGAAAAGUUAACAACAAUCCUGCACAGUUAUUGGUUUUAAGGUAUCCUGAAGUUUAUUGUGAUUGGUUGGUAUAAGAUAUAAUUUAAGGAAUCAUACCAGGCUUCAUGCUAAAAUGUCUUGUAACAUUUGACAGCAAAAGUCGUCCAGUAGAAGAAGUAGCAGUGCUUCAGUUGAAGAAAAUGAGGAACCUGAGAAAGCAGUGGUUGAUUCACAGGUAAAUUUUAUGGGAGAGCUCUAACAUGGAAUAACCAUGGGAAAGAUGAUAUUCAUAAUUCAUUUUUCUGUGCCACAUCUACUGGGGCCUUUAUAUGCAUGGGCAGAUCUAGGGAGUUUUGACAGGGGUUCCAAAUGUUGAUACCCUCACAGACAUGUGGAAUUAAUUUAGUGUGUUUCAAUCAAAAAUGAAAAAAAAAAUAGCCUGUUGAGCUAGAUUUUGACCUCCUAUCGCUGAAAGAAAUUUUGGUUUCAGUCAUGCCAUAAAAAUAUUCAUGGGCCUGAAUGGGUGGCGGGACCCACCUUAAUCUGCUACCAGGCCUAGUUUCUUGCCAGCAUUCAGGUGGAUGCUGAGCUGUUUUAUUAUAUUACAGCUUCUUUUAAUUUUUUUUUCCAUGAUAGGGGGGAUAUGAGCCCUAGAGUAACACCUUAUUCCCCCUCCCCAGAUGCACCCUUUGUAUACAGGCAGCUGAUGACUAUUGAGAAAGACUUGAAACAAUAAAAAAAGAGGUUCAGAAAGAGUAUGAAAGUAAUUUUUUUUUACUUAGGAACAAGAGAAGCUUGGCAAACUUAUUACUAAUGUUAACUUAAUGACAUCACAACUUGAGCUGCACUACUUUGAAGACACAGAUAACGAAAUAGUCAUUAGAGCAAGAGAGAUGUCAGAGAUGGUCAGUGAGAUGUAUCUCUUUACAAGGUAUGACUCUUUGUCUCUCAUGUAACAUUAAGAAAAAUAGGUUUGCCACAAUUUCUAGUUGCAGAUGUGGUCACUGCUUUAACCCUUGAAGUCCACUAGUGACCUGGGGAGAAUUUUUCCUUACAUUAUCAAUACAAUAUCAAGCAGACAAGAUAUCAGUUAAGGGAUAACUAGUUGAUCCAAUACCAAAUUCUCCAAACUAACCUCAUAUGAACUGUAUGGCAGACAGUAAGGAGAAUUACUAAUGAGAUCUUGGGAGUUAAAGGGUUUAACUUUCUUUCAGCCAUACAUGCCCAUUUAAAGAAGUCAAGUGAAUUUGCUGUUUUUUUUUGUAUGAAACAUCUUAGAUGGCCCAAAAUCUGAUAGGCUUAUCAAGCCCUCCUAACUAGUCCAGCUUCUUCCAAAACUGACCAUGGAAUUUUUUCUGCACUAUUCAUGGCAAAGGGGAAAAAGACAAGCCAGCAGAAUUAAUUAACUGUAAGUUAAAGAAACAGAGAUGAGUUCUUAAUUGAGAGCUUGUGCUAAUCACCAGAUUCCUUUAACUUACAGGGGAGAGGGAUCUCUUAAAACCACAGAGGAUCUAUUUGAAGCUUCCCAAGUGAGUAAAUUGAAUUAUUUGGACAUAUAUUUUGUAUGAUGUAAUGCGCCGAGUUAUGUUUGGUCAUACGUGCUUAAUGUCCUGUAUAAUCUUAGAGUCUUCCAAGAAAAAUACACCUGCUCUUUUUCUAUAGUUUGCUACACCUCUCAGAUAAAAAGUGAAUUUGGAUCUGUUUUCUUUAAAGAGAAAUCAUUGAAAUGCCAUCUCAAUUGCAAAAAGAAAAAUUAUUACUGGAUUCUUUUCCAGGAAUAUUUGUAUUUUUGAGAAUUUGUUUCCAUUUAGCAACCUUUACUUUGUGGACAGAGACUGCGGCAAAAUUGUCCUGAAAUAAAUUUAGGGGCUGGGGCCUAGAAAAUGACCCAAAAUGAAAAACAUUUUCAGAUACCAAACUUACAGAGAAUUUGCAUGUUUGAUAUUUCAACCCAUUAGGAAAACUACUAAUAGAAAGAAGAUUUAUUUUAAAUUUGUGAUCUUAAUAUUUUGUCUACACAGAACUUUGCAGAUGCAGGCAAGGCACUUCACAGAGUUGCAAGAAAAUAUGCCUCAAAGGUAUUUAAAAGAACUGCUGGUCUCAACAAUUGUUACCAAAGAAAUUAUGACAAAAAUUCCAAAAAGUUUUUCUGAAGUUGCCCAUCGGUUAAGGGAUCUGGAUUUACAAUGUUUCUAUUGGUUUCCAGGCAGAAGAAAACCCAAUGAAAAAAGAGCUGUUAAGAUACGUGGAUAAAAUCCCUGCCUAUUGUCAUCAACUCUUGUUCACAAGCAGAUCACUAGCAGUUGGGCAGUCAGCUUGCUGUAGAAAGGUAUGUUACUAAACCAGCAGUUUUAAUUAAAAAAUGUCCUCAAAGUUAUUUAUUUUACUUUUUCAACUUACUUUUUGACUUAUCCUGGUGGAGUGCCACCUUGACAUAACUUGCCAGGAGUUCCACCCCAUUCAUCCCCAGGAUUUUUCCCCCAGGAUUUUGCCCUCAGAAUUUCACCCUUAGGGGUUCAUCACCCUUAAGGGGUUCGUCACCCUUAGGGGGGUUCAUCACCCUUAGGGGGUUCAUCACCCUUGGGGGGUUCAUCACCCUUAGGGGGGUUUCACCCCAGGGGGAUCUCACCCCUAGGGGUUCCCCCACUGGAAAUGUUGUCAGUUUCUUAAGGUAAAUUUGCAUGCUACUUUGUUGUUGUAUCAAUUGUCAGGAGACAUUGUUGUUUGUUAAUGUUAUCCACCCAAUUGCAGAGUGGUACAGGGGAGGGAAUGUAGAUAGGUUUAACUGAUGUUUAGAUGAACCUUUAGCUGCUACACAUUUCCUUGUAAAGCAGUUACUAGAAUUUGAUGUUAGAUCAAGAUAACAACUUUAUGUGAUACACUUGAGUAUUCUCAUUACCUGUUUGCUGGAUAAUGUAUGGGUAUUAUAGAGAGAAAUUACGUGUUAAUCGCUUCUGGGAGUUAAAGGGUAAGAAUAAGGAGAUUUUCAGCAAUUAAAAUGUGUUUACAGUAGGUUGGCUGUAACUGACUGGUGUAAAUAUUUUUGUACAAGGAUUAAGACAAAUUGAAACUUUCCAUCUACAGGUGUGGGGAGUAAUGCAUUUAACAAAGAACGUAAUAAAAAUUGUGGCACGAGUUGUCAACAGCUGUUACCUGUUAGCUGAAAGGGUAAGUUAAGUUAAAAAAAAUUAAUUGACAAAUAUGGGGCCAGAAUGUUUUAUGUGUAUAUACAAUGGCAAACCAUAAUUUCAUGACUAUUUUCCACACCCCAGAACAAAUUGAAAGAUCAGCCAGGCUUCUGACUCAGCUUGUUCACUUCAGUACUGCAUUUAAAUAAAUAAAUAAAUAAAUACUUAUUCGGCGCAAGUAUCUAUAUGAAUAUAUUCAGAUGCGCCUUACAAUUUACAAACCCACCCAACCCAACCCAGGGGAGGACAUCCAUCACACAGUAAUCUCGUGCGUGGGAAAUUAACGUCUCCUACCCCAAACCCUGCAGGAGACGGGACCUCUGGCUUAACGUCUUAUUUUGCUUAAGGCCACAACGUAGUGCCCCAUCCAGGACUUGAACCCGGGCCGUCCGACCCAGAGUCCAGCACCCUGACCACUGGGCCACUCACGCCUCACAUUCAAUGCAUUCAAUAUUUUACCCUUUAAAAUUUAAAACUUUAGGUUAAAUUUCUUUUCUUUGUAGAAUUCUCCUCUCAAAUUACCCCCAGACCAAAGAUUAUGGCAGAUAGAUGAGAGUAUUUUCUCAGAAGAGUCUUCAUUAGGAACACUAUCAAGACGUUCUUCACUACAGAGCCUGGAGAACAAUGAAAGUGAGCUAAGAACAACUGUGGAGGAUUCAAAUGGAGUUGUGAUGAAGACAGAACUGUAA